UCAUGCGCAAAAUUUGCAUCAAAAAAAGUCAAAAAAAAGCCGUCGGCGACCAAUUUCUGUAGCGGGGUUGUUUAUUUUGUGUGCGUCCUCCGGAAUAUUCAUUCAACGAGAAUAUUCGUUAUCGUUUUGUACACACGCACACACACACAAUACACGAUCGAUCGCGUUAAACAACACCACGCCGAUUGCAAAAAAAAAAGUGAGGUAGUGCCAUGGCCGUGGACCUGGUCGUCAGUGGCAGCAGGCCCGGCACGGCGAGCCCCAAAACGGCCCGCGCCCGCUACCGCGUACGCUCCGAGGCCUCCUUCGUGGAGGAGACUCUGUUUGGAGACCCGUCGGGUCGGCCUCUGCCCUACGUGAGGCCUUUCGAGGCACCCUGGGCUGGGUCGCCUCGCCCGGCCUCGGCACCUUCCUCCGCGCCCGCUACUCCGAAAACGCCGAGCGGCAGCGGUAUGCCCAUGACUAGGAACAAGUACAGGCUGGUGAAGCACUCGCCCACGUACUGCGACGAGAUGCUGUUUGGGGGACCGCUGGCCGACUCGGGCUGGGAUCCGCCGUGGGUGUCGCGCGAGGACCGGGGUGUGCGCAUCAAGCCGCUGCUGUGGACGCCUCCGUCCUACCGGCCGCACCGCGCCGAGAGCGAGCACAAGAAAAACUCUCCGCCGCUCAAGGCCCCGCACAGAAUGGCUCCCCUGGAAACGGCACCCAUUGACGGGCGGCCAAACGUGGGCUCUGCCACGGCGUCGAUAAAUGGACGCAGCGCGGGCAGCGACAGCCACAAGUCAAAUCAGCCGGGGAAAGAGAAGCACCAUCGGACUGUGAGUUUGGGAGCGCACGGGGUGGCGGGCGACCUCGUGGUAUGCGGUUCUCGGCCCUCGUCUGCCCGCGGGGACUUUGCGAGGCCGCGGCUGGAUGGCCGGCGGGAGUCUGUGGCCUCUCAAACAGAGGUGGUUCGGCCUGGGUCUGCACGCAGGCCACAGUCGGCGCGGCUGUACGGCUCGACGGGUUCGCUAGUGGCAGUCAGGCCACCCUGGAGGUGAAGGGUCAAGAUAAAGGGUAGUGGCCAAAUUAAAUUGGGUUGUCGAUUUGCGAAGCAUGUGUGACACCCGCAAAAUAAACGAGCAACGGUCAAAGGAACAACAAAGGCAAAAGGACAUCUUUGUGAAAUUUUAUCUGCAUAACAGGGUUCUUUUUGAAACAACGGUUUCUAAAUAUUACAUGAGUACGUCUUGAUAUUUAAAAUGACUGGUAGAAAGACACUUUAACGAGCAAAAGUGUAAGAGUACCAAUUCCAAAAUGGCAGUAAAGUUGUAAUUGUCACUGUUGUGUUCCUUAGCUUGAUAAGUUAACCCUGCUGAGGCCAUCAUACAAAUGGGAUUUGUACUUUCAGUGCAGUUUUUUCCGUGUGUACUUUGCAUUAUAGUGGUGUUCAUUCGUUUUUAAUUCAGUUAUUUUUCUUGUAUAGAUUCCCUUUAACUUUCCUCUUCAGCACUUUCAGGCAAGUGAACGUGAAUGACUACUGUAUUUAAAACUUAAGCUUCGUGAUUUGAGCUGCUACAUUUCAACAUGGCGUUGCAUUGAUCAAUAGGCAGAUUAUAAAGAAGGUGUGGAAAUAUUGUUUUUAAUUGUGAAUAAAACAUGUGCCAAGACUUUU